GAAUCUAUAGACUAAAGAGCUUAGUGCUGGUUUGUAGUCAACAAACAAAAGUGUCAGCUUUCCCAAAAAGAAAAAACCCCAACAAAGAACUCACCACUUCCUACACUCAUCACACUUCUAUUACUUGCUGUCUUUUUCCUUCUCUUUCAUCUUUCAUUCAAUGGAACUUCAGAGGUUCCUCUCCUUGUACAUUGUCUUUUUCAUAGCCUUCACAACAAGCUGUUUCACUUCUUCUUCAACUGCAUCUGAUGUUCAGCUUCUCUUACAGAACAUUAGACCUUCACUUCAAGGCAACACUGAUAACUUGUUGUUAUCUUCAUGGAACACUUCAGUUCCUAUCUGUCAAUGGAGAGGUCUAAAAUGGGUUUUCACAAAUGGUACUUCUUUGCUUUGUACUGACCUUUCUUCACCACAGUACACAAGUCUUUCUCUUUAUAGAAACCCAUCUUUACAUCUUGUUUCACUUCAGUUACCAUCAGCUAAUCUCACUGGAACACUUCCAAGAGAACUUGGUGAGCUUUCUGCACUUCAAAGUCUCUAUCUUGGUGUUAAUGAACUUCAUGGGAACAUUCCACUUGAGCUUGGGUAUAGUUCUUCUUUAUCUGAUAUUGAGUUGAGUGGAAAUAACCUGAGUGGGACGCUUCCAACUUCAAUAUGGAAUCUUUGUGAUAGGCUUGUUUCUCUUAAGGUUCAUGGUAAUUCUUUAUCUGGUUCACUUCCUAAUCCUGCUUUACCUGAUGCUACUUGCAAAAAGUUGGAGUUUCUUGAUUUUGGACAAAACAUGUUUUCUGGGACUUUUCCUGAGUUUAUAACUAGGUUUAAUGGUCUUAAAGAGCUUGAUUUAGGGGAUAAUAAGUUUUCAGGGGCAGUACCUGAGACAUUAGCUGCAUUAAAGCUGGAAAAAUUGAAUCUUUCACAUAAUAAUUUUAGUGGGGCGUUGCCUAAUUUUGGGGGAGAAAAGUUUGGAGGAGAAGUGUUUGAGGGAAAUAAUCCUACUCUUUGUGGACAUCCUUUGGGGGCUUGUAGUGGAAGUUCUGGUUUGAGUCCUGGUGCAAUUGCUGGUAUUGUUAUUGGUUUAAUGACUGCAUUGGUAGUUGUGGCUUCAUUGUUGAUUGGGUAUUUUCAAGGGAAAAAAAGGAAACAUGCCGAUGAAGAAGAGGAGGAAUUUGAGGAAGGUGAAGAUGAGGAAACUGGUUGUGGUGAGGGGAAGCUUAUAUUGUUUCAGGGAGGUGAGCAUUUGACUUUGGAGGAUGUGUUGAAUGCGACGGGGCAAGUUAUGGAGAAGACGAGUUAUGGGACUAUUUAUAAGGCAAAAUUAGCUGAUGGUGGAACUAUAGCUUUGAGGUUGUUGAGGGAAGGAAGUUGUAAGGAUGGAGGUUCUUGUUUAACUGUGAUUAGACAGCUGGGAAGAGUUCGACACGAGAAUUUGAUUCCUUUGAGAGCUUUCUAUCAAGGGAAGAGAGGGGAGAAGCUUCUCAUUUAUGAUUAUCUCCCAAACAGAAAUCUUCAUGAACUUUUACAUGAAUCAAGAGUUGGGAAGCCAGUUUUGAAUUGGGCUAGAAGACACAAAAUAGCGUUGGGCAUAGCCAGAGGACUAGCACACCUUCAUGGUCUGGAAACACCUAUUACCCAUGGGAAUGUUAGGUCAAAGAAUGUUCUUGUCGAUGAAUUCUUUGUUGCCAGGCUUACUGAAUUCGGACUUGACAAGAUAAUGAUCCCAGCAGUAGCUGAUGACAUCGUAGCACUUGCAAAAGCUGAAGGCUACAAGGCACCGGAGCUGCAAAGGAUGAAGAAGUGCAAUUCGAGAACUGAUGUUUAUGCUUUCGGUAUCCUACUGCUGGAGAUUCUGCUAGGAAAGAGACCUGGAAAGAAUGGAAGAAAUGGGGACAACGUCGAUUUGCCUGCAGUAGUGAAAGUGGCAGUUUUGGAGGAAACGACAAUGGAGGUAUUCGACGUGGAGCUUUUGAAGGGAAUUAGGAAUCCAAUGGAAGAAGGUUUGGUACAGGCGUUGAGACUUGCAAUGGGUUGUUGUGCUCCUGUUGCUACUGUUAGACCGACGAUGGAUGAAGUAGUGAGGCAGUUAGAGGAGAACAGACCUAGAAACCGGUCUGCUUUGUACAGCCCUGCUGAAACUAGGAGUGGAAGUGGUACUCCCUUUUAAAGCUCAUGUUGUUAUUUUAGUAAUGAAUAUUGUUUUAUAUUAUGCCUGUGAGGGCUAAAUGGUUAUAGCUUUCUUACUCUUUCAACUA